CAAUCCCUAAUCCCCAAUUUUUACUCUUGUUUCUUUCCCGCCAUUCCUUCCCCUGAUUUCACCGACUUUAGCCGCCGCUUGCACCGUUUACAUCGACAUCGGCCGGCGACCUUUAAGUUUGUUUUUGAUAACUCUCUUUCCUCGAUGAAGUUUCUCUUUUUACGGGUUUAGUGGUUUCCUUUUUCAAAUAUUUCCCCUUUUAUUUUAAUUGUUUGAAAACCUAGAUCUUGCUGUGGGAAAUCACUUGUAAAAGUCCUGAUUCUAACUUUUUUGUGUUGGGUUUAUGAUUUUUUGAAUUUGGGUGUGAUUUUAAUUACUAUUUUCUGCUUCAAUUUUGGUCUGGUUUCAACUUCUUUUUUGUCAAAUUUGGUUAUCCUUGUUCCUCAGUUAGUUCUGAGUUGAAAAUAAUUCAAUCCGUUAGAGUUCAAAGGAAGUAGAAGAAUUUAUAAUUGAUUACUUAUAUUUUCUAGCUCAAAAAUAAAUAAACAGAAAAAUUGAAACCGAAGCUUCCGAACACAAUCCCACUUCCAUGUCCGCCGUUGAUAAAUAUAACGUCGCGUCUGCUGAAAUUCUCGCCAACAGUGCCUUGCAUUUGCCAAUUACACAGGCGGCACCGAUUUAUGAGCAACUCUUAUCGAUCUUCCCUACUGCUGCAAAAUAUUGGAGGCAAUAUGUGGAAGCACAGAUGGUAGCGAAUAAUGACGAUGCUACCAGACAGAUCUUUAGUCGCUGUUUGUUGAAUUGUCUUCAUGUUCCUCUUUGGCGCUGUUAUAUUCGGUUCAUCAGGAAGGUCAAUGACAAGAAAGGAGUAGAGGGCCAGGAAGAGACUCGAAAGGCUUUUGAUUUUAUGCUUAGCUAUGUUGGAGCUGACAUAGCAUCGGGACCCGUAUGGAUGGAGUACAUUGCUUUUUUAAAAUCACUGCCGGCUUCCAACACUCAGGAAGAGUCACAACGAAUGACUGCAGUUCGAAAAGCUUAUCAGAGAGCUAUUGUCACUCCGACACAACACAUUGAACAACUAUGGAAAGAUUAUGAAAAUUUUGAAAAUUCUGUUAGCCGUCAACUGGCCAAAGGACUUCUCUCUGAGUAUCAACCAAAAUAUACCAGUUCAAGGGCUGUAUAUAAGGAACUGAAGAAAUAUGCCGAUGAAAUUGAUUGGAAUAUGCUUGCAGUACCACCUACUGACUCCUGCAAGGACCAGAUGCAAUGGAUUGCAUGGAAGAGGCUUUUAGCUUUUGAGAAAGGAAAUCCACAAAGGAUAGACAGCGCCUCCGAUAAGCGAAUUAUAUUCUCGUAUGAACAGUGUCUGAUGUAUUUAUACCACUAUCCUGAUAUAUGGUAUGACUAUGCCACAUGGCAUGCUAAAAGUGGCUCCACGGAUGCUGCAGUCAAGGUAUUUCAGCGAGCCUUGAAGGUUCUUCCUGACUCAGAAGUGCUCAAGUAUGCAUAUGCAGAACUAGAGGAAUCCCGUGGAGCAAUCCCAUCCGCAAAGAAGUUAUAUGAAAGCAUUUUGGGGUGCUGCUCAGACUACAGCACUGCUCAUAUACAAUUUAUCCGGUUUCUAAGAACGAAUGAAGGUGUUGAAGCAGCUCGCAAGUAUUUCUUAGAUGCUCGCAAAUCACCUGGUUGCACGUACCAUGUUUAUGUUGCUUAUGCAUUGAUGGCAUUUUGUCUUGACAAGGACCCAAAGGUUGCUCACAAUGUUUUUGAAGCAGGCAUGAAACAUUUUAUGCAUGAGCCUCUAUAUAUCCUAGAAUAUGCAGAUUUUUUGUCCUGUUUGAAUGAUGACAGAAACAUCCGGGCAUUAUUUGAGCGGGCAUUAAGCUCACUACCACAAGAAGAAUCUAUUGAGAUCUGGAAACGAUUCACCCAGUUUGAGAGAACUUAUGGUGAUCUAACUAGCAUGUUGAAGGUUGAGCAAAGGCGGAAAGAAGCUCUUUCUGGAAUAAGUGAAGAGGGUGGUUCUGCAUUGGAGACUUCUCUACAAGAUCUUAUAUCACGCUACAGUUUCAAGGAUCUCUGGCCUUGUUCCUCCAAGGAACUUGACCACUUGUCCCGACAAGAGUGGCUCCUUAAAAACAUUGGUAAGAAAGGGGAGAAGUCAGCUCUUUCUAAUGGAUCUGCAGCUGCAGAUAAGAGUUCAUCAGCAACAACAGGCAUUUCAACUGCUUCCCUUAAAAUCAUGCAUCCAGAUACGUCUCAGAUGGUGAUUUAUGAUCCAAAGCAACAUCAUGGAACCACAGUUCCUUCAAACAAUACUGCUUCCAAUUUGUCGAAUCCCGUGGCUAGUGUUGUAGGGGCGGCUUCAAAUCCGUUAAUAAAUCCAUCAGUUUCCAUGUUAGACAGUGGAUCAGCCAAUGCAUUUGAUGAAGUACUGAAAGCAACGCCACCUGCUUUGAUAGCAUUUAUGUCAAGCUUGCCUGCUGUUGAGGGUCCGUCGCCAAAUGUAGACAUUGUAUUGUCGAUUUGUUUGCAGAAUGACUUCCCAACUUGCCAGACAAAAAAAUCAACGAACCUUCCAUCUCAAAGGACAACUGGCCCUGCUCCUAGCACUAGUGAUCUUUCUGGUUCGAGCAAGUCCCAUCCAAUUCCCAGAAGACAGCUCGGUAAAAGAAAGGAUCUAGACAGGCAAGAGGAGGAUGAAAGCACAACAGUUCAAAGCCAACCAUUGCCAAGAGAUGCAUUCAGGAUAAGACAAAUGCAGAAAGCCAGAGGGGGUUCGACUUCACAAACUGGAUCAGUUUCUUAUGGAAGUGCUCUUUCUGGGGAUCUCUCUGGCAGUACCUGCUAACCCUUUUUUUCUGUAAAAUUUAUUGUUUUGUAUACUUGUAUCUGUAUUUGUCAAAUGCCUUUCGGUUAAAAUAAAAUUACCAGAUUUUCGGAU